AUGAAAUGGGAGGAGCAGGGAACGUCUUGGUCACUCCAACUGAAAGAGGACAUUAGAGGGAUACAGGAGGAUGGUAGCGGUGCACCCGUGAGUCCCAGCCAGGCUGAUGAUGAUGAUGAGGACAGGGAUUGGUUGCCUAGCAUCGGACUGAAGGCGGAGCCCAUGAGUCCCAGCCAAUCCGAUGAUGGUGAUGACGCUGCAGACUGCAAAGAAGAAUGGAACGAAGAGGGAGGCGCUAGGUUGCCUAGCAACAGAUUGGAGGCGGAGUCAGCUCCAGAGAGGCACACAGCAGAAAAGAGGGAGAGUGGCGUGAGUACUUUUCAGUCAUUAUGUAUUUUGUUUCUCCACAGUCUUCCCUUGAUUCCUCUCAUUCUUGAAUCCUCGACCUCCUUCUACAAAUGCAUUGGGAGGAGAAUAACUGAGGCUCCACGUCUUGGUCUUUCUCCUCCAAUGCAUUUUGAGGAGGCGGCAGAGUAAUCGAGGAUGAGAGGAAUCAAGGAAAGACUUUUGAGACUUCAAACUUCCUUAUUAGGUAGGAGAGCGUUUCCUUCUAGGGAUUUAUUCCUUGAUAGGUAGGAGAGCGUUUCCCUCUAGGGAUUUAUUCCUUGAUAGGUAGGAGAGCGUUUCCCACUCUAGGGAUUUAUUCCUUGAUAGGUAGGAGAGCGUUUCCCACUCUAGGGAUUUAUUCCUUGAUCGGUAGGAGAGCGUUUCACUCCAGGGAUUUAUUCCUUGAUAGGUAGGAGAGCAUUUCUCGCAAGGGAUUUUUCUGGAUCAAAAAGGGGUUUAGGUGGUGGGCGUGGCAUAGGGGUGUGGCAAUGGGGGCGUGUCAAUGGGCGCUGCAUGGGGGCGUGUCAAUGGUCGGCCCAUCGGCGCAGUUGAAUUUUGGACAACAUUUUAGAGGCCCCCAUCUUGGUGGUGUAGAGAAUUCUUAUCAUUUUUAAGGAAAUGUUCUGCAACUCUACAAAUUUCUCCAUGGAGCUGAGCGAUAUAUUAACACAUUUGUAAAGCAAAUUUCCUGUGUUUCUAUGUAUUCUGCCACGGACCUGAGAGAAGAUGUUGCAGUUUAAAGCUAAUUUCCUUGAAUUCUAUGCAUUCGUCCAUAGUUAAGUUAUUUUGCUCAAACAUAAUAGCAAAAUCAAUACUGCUAAAUUAAUUGUUUUUGGCAUUGUUUAUUCUCCCUGACUGUCUAGCUUUUAUUUUGAUGAUUAUUCGUUUUCAAAGAUGAUAUUAUUUAAAAUGUAUCGCUCCAUUAUCUUUUCUCCAUGUAUAUUUUUCUGAUUUCCAGGACAAGCCUCCCCGGCCCCCCUCCAGCCUCCCAGAGUCCCCGGGUCCUGCCUCUCCCGGUAGUGCCUUACUGUGGGGUCUGAAGACAGUGUCUGUGCGGCUGGUCGACUGCAGGAAAACACCGGGGCAGCGUGGCCAUAUAAUACACAAGACAACACAGACAGGAGAGAAACCCCACAGCUCGUCUAA